GUGUACUGACGUCACUGCGUCAUCGUUAAGGCCACGAAGAAGAAAAGCGUUUGGCGCGCGGGCUUUGGAAAUGGCGGAGGACCAGGAAACAAACAUGGGAUCCUUGUCCUCGGAUUCCCUCAAACUGUACGAGGCGCAGUUCUUCGGCUUCACCCCUCAGACCUGCAUGAUGAGGAUGAACAGCGCCUUCCAGGACUGUCUGUACGAGAUGCUUAUCGUCGUCGAGUCCGUGUUUGUCCGAAAACUGUCCCAGGGCAAAGAUCCGCCUGAAGAGCUGUGCAUAAAGACUCGAGAGUGCACGCAAAAGCUGCUGCACUUCUUACAGGAACGCUUCAGGAAGCUAUCGAGUCGGAUGGAAGCUCUUUUGGUCAACAGUGUGCUUUCUGUUCCCGAAAACGUCGUCCUGCCUGAAGACGAGUCGCACCGGAAAUAUCCAGAGAGUGCAGAACAGCUUUUAAAGCUGGAGGCUUCGAUCGCAGAGCUGCAAAAGUCUUAUGAGGCAGAGAUGUGUGCGAAACAAGCUCUCCUGGCUGAGCUCGCAGAGCAGAAGGAAACGCAGGAGCAGCUGGACGAGGUGCUGCGGUGGCUCGACGAGCUACGUUUAUCCUGGAGGAAAGAGGGAAUGGGAAAUAUCCGGGAUGGCUUCCAGAAUAUGAUCGAGACUGUGAACCAGCUGCAGGGUGAAAUGGGGAAGAUCCAGAAGAAGAGUAAAUCCCUCGAUGAAGUGUGAUGCCUUUUUUUUUCUCUUUUCAAUUGCACACCAAUGGUACUUGGCUGUGUAAAGACGGUCCAUCCACAAGGGGGCGACAGCGCACAGUCUGAUAAUGCCACCUUGUUGAAACAUCAGAUGCGCUCUUCUCAGCGAGGCGUUGCAUUUGUAAGUCUGGAGGUCCUUCUUUGACACUUGAAACGCAAUCACCCCAAAUCCCCCCUUUUCCACCAAAUCCGUUGUGUGCGCUACUCUAAGGCCUGGUUCAUGUGGGUUCCCCCCCAGUGCAAUGAGAUGAAACAGAAUUUCUGAUAAGCCCAAGUCUGUGUGCUUUCCUUCUUCACAGCAGGAGGUCUGAAGAUCCAUACAAGGGUCAGUUCUUUUACAUGGUGCAUUGUGCACCAUUAUUGUAGAUACUGUUGUUAUUGAAUGAUUUUUGUGAAGAACUGGCACUUUUAACUUUGAUCAAAACCUAGAUUUCAUAAAUAAAUCGAUGAAUUGUAAUUUUCCUUUGUAAUGGUUGUAAACACAAUAAAAGUCCGUGUUCAUUUUUA